GGCGCAUUAGUGGAACUUGUGUCGAGGCGGUGGAGUGGGGUUCAUGGGUGAGAGAUGAGUUCGUUGGUGUACCGUGGCUACUGCUGCCUGAGCUUGGCAGGGAAAAAGGCCCGGGUGGUAGCAGCAGCAGCGUGCAGAUGGAAGGGAAGCCGGGCAGCGGAGCCUCGGAACAAGCCUCUGAAGCAAUGGACUCUGAUUGUCAGCCCGCAGAGCCGCCUUAACGUGCAGCUACCCUGCAGUGUGAGAGUGAGCUCACAGGACCCUCUCGCCUAUCCGCUCGCAGACCGGGUUUUUGUUACGGUUAGUGGUGUGGACCGGAAUGUGCACCGCGGUCUAGAUCUUGACAACAUUGAAGUGAAGUACGAGGAGAGCUCCCGGCAGGUGGUCAUCCGCUCGCGGGACAUUGACAGCCACACUUGUGUAGAGGUCACUACGCCCGUCCGUUUUGAUGUGAAUAUCAAGACAACAGGAACUGGAUCUGUUAAUGUUAAAAAAAUUGAAUGUGACAACUGCCAUGUCGAAACUGAGAAAGGAGACAGUGUUCUGCAGUCAGUUAAGAGCCACACAGUUGACAUACGUACAGAUGGAGGCAAGGUGGUCUGCUUGGGGACAGUCCAUGGAAAUGUGAAUAUUUAUGCUUCAGCUCAAAGUAUGCUGCUUCUAGGGGCAGUUUGGAACUCAGGACGGCAAACAAAGACAGACAAUUGUUAUGUGCUUCAGCACUUGACCACAACGUUACAAGUCACUGAGCUCUUCAGUAGGGCCUAUUCUUUUGCAAAUGUCAUUGCAAGGCUGUGUGCUUGAUUUUAUGCAUCUGUAAUGAAUGAGUGUGGCUGAAAUAACCAAAUACAUGAAUUAAACUUUUAUUAGAAUGCA